ACAGGCACUUCCCAUCCAUAACUCUAGGCGGCCGUGCUGUGUGGCGAUGUAGCCUGCAGCAAGGCGCUGACUUCAUUACCUUAUAAACGCUAAUAUAAAAACCGGCCAAUAAUAUUGCCUGCGUUUAUACAAUACCUGCCUUGGCCACACGUAUGAAAAUACUGAUUGUGUUCGUAAAUUAUCGGCCUGGUGGCAACGAUAGACAUGGCUUUUGAAAGCUUGUUCUCCAGACCCCCAAACCCAGCCCUUGACAAAAACAUGACAGACUCAGAGCAUGCAGGGGAUGAAAGAGAGGAUGGUGAGCUAGAAGAUGGUGAAAUAGAUGAUGUGGGCAUUGAAGAAGAGCCGUCAAAAACAAAUGAAACAGAAGUUCCCGUUAUUGAAAAAUCGCACAGGAAGUCGAGAAAAAGACGAAAGAAAGAAAAGAGAAAACAAAAACGAAGCAGACGAGAUAAAAAGAAGCACGAUUUUCCAGCGAGUGAUAACAGCUCAGAAAACAGCUAUGAUUCAGAUACUGAUAAUGCAGAAAGGACACACAAAGAAUUUGAGUACAGGGAUUAUGACUCACAGUUUCCUCAGCAUGGACAGUUGCCAGGGAACUAUUCAACUUCACCAAAAGCACAACUCAACAAAAGAAGUAAGACUGACUUUGAUGACUAUACUAACUACAGUGAUGGCAACUUCAAUGAUGAAGAGCAGGAAGAUUUUAUUGACCAGUUGAAGCAGUACCAACAGGCAAAAGAGGAAUUAAAUGCCCCUGAUCUCCCUCAUAAGAAUCCACCCAUGAAAGCAAUACAGCAAGAAGGAAUUGUCAACUGGUACACAAGUAGUGAGGAAGACGAAGAAAGUGGUGUGAACUCAAUCUUAAAAACACUAAGAAAUCAAUCAAAGCUAAGAAAAAAAUCAACAGAACAGCCUGUUUCUGCAAAUGUUGAUCCAAGACUAACAAAAGAUAGGGUGGGAGGAAUGCCAAUGUCUGAUCCGCGAAUGAAACCGGCCCAAAGUCCCAGGAAUCAUGCAGAUUCUGCAUGCAUUGAUCCAAGAGUUUCACGUGACCCAAGAAAAACCAAACCUGAUGAGAUUUCACCUAGUUGUAAUGCAAGAUCUGAUAAUCUUCAACCACAGUCAGGAAGCAAGGUAAAGAACAAAGCAUUACAAGAAGAUGAGGAGGAUGGUGAGAGAGAACUGAGAGAUAAAGCCGUUAUCAUACCUUUGGAAAUGCUACCAGGUGUAAGUUUAAGGGAUCCACGAUGUAAACUAAGACAGUUCAGUCAUAUUAAAAUGGAUAUCAUAUUGACCAAACCAAACUUUGCUAAAUUAAUUGUGUGGGCACCUGAAGAUUUACUUCCAGUUCCCCCACCUAAACCUGAUCCCGUUUCAUCAAUUAAUUUACCAUUGCCUCCACUUAUAGCUGACCAAAGGCUUAAUAAAACAGGUAAUAUGAUAAUGGAGGUGCACCACUCUGUUUCUGACCCACGCUUAGAAAGGCUGGAUCCAAGGCUAGAGACAAAAGCUAAACAUACAAAUAUAGCAGUGAGAUGUAGCUUUGUGGACCAUACAGAAUCUCAUAAAAUCAGUAACAAAUUGGGAGAUCCGCGACUACAAAAAAAUCUUCAGUCGAGGUUAUGCAGAGUGUUGAGCACUGAGAACCAAAAAGAUUCAAACCCUCUCAAAAUAGACCCUCGCGUGGCAGCAAAAUCAGGAUUUGGCUCAUUACAGUCAACUGUUGUAAGUAAACCUGAUCAAGAUGUCCUUCCACCAUAUGCUCCCAAGCUGUCUUCAUCAAACAUUCACUUGAGAACUCCAAGUUCCAUAUUGAAGAAUAUUUCAUUAUAUGAUCCUAAAGACAAUACAAUAUCAAAUUCAGACACUAUCCCACACAAAAAAGAAGAAAAUGAGGAGGAACUGAAAAAGACAGAAACUGUAAAUAAACCUUGUAAAAAUGAAGGUGAGGAAAUGGAUAGUUUUCAGCAGCCUAAAUGUUCCACUGAGAUACCACAAACAAAAAGCAUACCGGUUUUAGAGCAAAGCGAGGAAUGUUCCACCAAUGGUCCAGCUGAAGAAACAGUUAACUCAAAUAAAAGCCCUUCUUUAACUAGCAUACCACAGCCACCCACUGCACCAGCAGUUCACAACCUUCCAAUUCAGGCUUUAACAGGGCUCAUUCGCCCACAGUACAAUGAGCCAAGGCAAAUAAAGUCAUUGGGGCAAGUGAACCAAACACAAGAUGUGGACAUUGAUGAUAAAACAUUGAAAGAUGUUUUUAAAACAUUUGAUCCCACAGCAUCACCAUUUUGUUAGCAACUUCUCCAUUAAAGAGAGAUUUGUUUUUGCUUG